UGAAAGGCGAGUUCAAGACGACAACAAACCCGCUACAACCUACUAGAAACCACGCGCGAUGGCGACCACUUCGCCCUCGGACGACGAGCUCGUCGCCGCCGUUAAGGUCGUGCGGGAGGCGCACCCGGCGCUCGGCAUCGUCAAGCUCUGGGCACAGCUCAAGAUCGACCGGCCCGGGUGGGCCGUGAGCGAGAAGCGGUUCCGCAAGGCGCUCAGCGCGACCGGCGACGGCGCGUCGUCGUCAUCUACAGCAGCCCCGAAGCCGAAGAAGAACGAGCUCGUCGCACAGACCGGCCUCGACGCCACACUGGACAUUACGGCCGUGGCGCCCAAGGUCAAGGCCAAGAUGUUCGGCGGGACGAAGGGCAAGGGCGUGGUCGCCAAGGCCAAGAUUCAGGCGGGCGAGGUUCUGUGGCAGGAGGAGCCGUGGAUCGCGUGUCCUGAUCCCGGCUUCAAGCCACACCUGGCCGCGCGGCGCCUGUGCGCCAACUGCCUGACGCAGUGGGACCCCGUGCCGCCCAUGGCCGUCGCGUGCCCCUCGUGUGCCGACGCGCACUUCUGCAACCGGCUGUGUCUGUCCCGCGCGCGCCCGCACGUAAGCCACCACGAGCUGCUGUGCGAGGGUGCCAACCCCGCCGCGAAGGAGAUCAACAGCCUCGUGACGGCGCGCGAGUGGCGCAGCCUCGACGUGGUGGCGCGCAUCGUCGCGCGCUGGCGUGGCGAGCGCGCAUGGGGCGAGCCUGGCGCCGCUGACGCCGUCGAGAAGCGUGUGUGGGGCAGCAUUGCGCGCGUCAACAUGGAGACUCGCGAGGCCGAGAAGGCCGACUGGCCAACGCGCAAGGACUUUACGACGCGGCAGUGGCAGCUCGGGCACGCGGCCGUCGUCGCGGCGCUCAACCCGCCGCCCGAGUCCAAGGCGCACAAGCGCUUCACCCAGCUCCUCCAGUCCAAGGCGAAGGGGCGCAAGGUGACGCCGCUGAGCAGCGAGGAGGAGGCCCGGUGGUUCAGCUACGAGUCGUUCCUCGAGCUGCUCGGCCUCGUCAACAUCAACAUGGAGGACUCGGGCGGGCUGUACGCGGUCCACGCGCACCUGAACCACUCGUGCGACCCGAACGUCAUGGUGCGCAACCUGCCCAAGGGGUACGUUGCGCCGACGGAGGCGCAGCUGCCCGCCGAGCUGCCGGCGCGUAACCCGCCCGGCGUGCGGGGCACGAACAAGCUCACGAUCCUCGCGCGCCGCACCAUCCACCCGGGGGACGAAUGUACCAUCUCGUAUGUCGACCAGUCGCUCCCGUGGGACGUGCGCCGCCAGGCCCUGCGCGACGGCUACGGCUUCUGGUGCGAGUGCGUCCGCUGCGAGAAGGAGCGCAUCGAGGAGGAGAAGGAGGCCGCGCGCAAGGCCACGGCGCGCGAGGCCGUCGCCAAGGCCAUGGCCAACCAUGCCGAGGCGAAGAAGGCCGCCAAGGACGGCGCCGUGGACGAGUUAACCGCCAAGGUCGACGAGCUCGCCGUCGACGACAUGUUGUAG